UUGAAAUUACAUUUUUUAAAAUAUUUAUUUAAAGGGUGUUUUCAAUGCCCCUUUGGCAUGUUUCGACAGAGGUCUAACAGGCCAACUGAUCAUAAUGCAGGGCUCAGGGUUUACAAUACCAUUUCACAUCUAUUGCGUAUUAAAGCAACAUAAGUUUGGAUAAAAUGUUCCUGUUUACUGUUAUGCAGUGAGGCGUAGUUUAAAGGCAAAUAUUCUCUUCCAACAUUGAACAUGCCUUUCUGUUUGCUAAGGGGUAAAAGGCGGAAAAGAAAGAGGAUCUGAACCGGUUUCCAUGUCAAACACUUCAAUUCUCCAUAGAAACUGUGAUCUUAACGCAGAAACUUUAUUAAACCUUGAUGGUGGAUUGAUAAGGGCGAAUUUCUAUCGGUUCCUUUUUAUUGUGGAGACGGGGAGGGAUGACAGAGGUAAAUUGCUCUUUUAAUUAAACCAAUGCACCGAAGGAAAUUGCUGUCUGAAUAUUGUCUCAGAGAUGGGGCUUGCGACAGUUGCCUGGAAACUUCAAUCUGUCUCACAUUUAUUCCAGAUCACAGUUUUGAGAUAAAGUUUAAUAAAAAUCUUUGCGCCAAUGAAAGCCAACGCUUUCACGUCCACCACCACAAUGCGUCAGAACUGCGGAGGAAGCCUUAUGUUUAACAUGUAUCUCUCAGACCAUACGGAAAAUCUACUGAAGGAAAGCAAAAGCUCUACCUGGACCCCCAUCAACACCGGCGUGCAAAAAGGAAGUGGACAAAUCCAGCUGUGGCAAUUUCUUCUGGAGCUUCUGUCAGACAGCACGAAUAUGUCAUGCAUCGCCUGGGAGGGGACCAAUGGAGAGUUUAAACUGAUAGACCCGGACGAGGUCGCCAGACGGUGGGGGGAACGCAAGAGUAAACCGAACAUGAACUAUGACAAACUGAGCCGAGCUCUGCGCUAUUACUACGACAAAAACAUCAUGACCAAGGUGCACGGAAAGCGCUACGCCUACAAAUUUGACUUUAACGGCCUGGCACAAGUCUGCCAGCCAUCUUCCACCGAACAAGCUAUUUAUAAGUUUCAGAGCAACUUCGCUCCUAUCCAGUUUUCAGGCAUUUCCAAACUCAAUCUGGUUGCUCCAGGGGUCGGACCAUCAGGGUUCUCUUACUGGCCUGGAUCUCAUCCGACUCUCUACCACAGCCACAACCUACAACCACCAGGGCCAUUCGGUGCCGUUUCUGCGUCGCAUUUAAGUUGCGUUAACAAUAUCAAUAGUUUAAAUAACUUGAAUAAUAUCAAUAAUCACUAUAACUGAUUUUAUGCCUAAAAAUGCGCAUACAUACACGAGACCAAUAUUCAAUAGCUCAACUGAUAUACACUACGAUGCGGGAAUAACCCAGCAAAUAAGACGUUAUUAUUUGCAAUAAAUUCAUAGGUCUAAAAAUUAUUAUUUUGAGUUGUAAAUGUUUGAGCAAAUAAUUUAGUCGAUAGAUCAACACCGGUCACCUUAUGUAAUUUAGCGCCAUCUAAUGGAAAAUAAACAAUAAUAACAUAUUCAACCAAUUUGUCGUGUUGAUCAUUUUCACCAGUUUAAAUAAUUUAGCUUGAAUACGUGCUAAAAUUCCAAUAUUGGACUGAUGCAGGCUGUGUAAAAAUAUUGAUUUAUUAAUAAAUAAAAAUGUAUUCGAGGCUUGAUUAUGCCGUCGUGAUUAAGAACAAAAGGUAAGCCAAAAUAAAGCUUGAAAAAAUGAUAUGUAUUACAUUACUACACUUUUGUAACCAAGCAAAUAUACACUAAGCACGUGCAUUUGAAUACUGUACAUUUAAAUAUCCUACUGUGCACUACGUUUUUAAUUAAUUAAAUUUAUUUUAUUUAACGACGACGAGCGGUUUAGGUCUAAACAAUAGACUAACAAUUGCAAUUGAAAUCGAAUAAAUUGCAAACAAUAACUAUGAAUGUGUUUUAUUUUUAUGUAUUCAUUUAUGAGGACUCACGGUUUGUCGGGGUUCUUCUUGGUUAUUGCUACAUGUAUUUUACUUGAAACAUACAUUAAACUAAUUCAUGUAAAUUAGUAGGCUAUAACGUCUAUUAUUUUUUUUAACUAGGUUAUAUGUGUUUAUGUGUAUGUGCGUGUGUGUGUUUGGUAGCAUAUUUGGUUGCACAAGAGCUGGAAUAAAAUUCGUCAAACACGUCAUGUGAGACUAGACAACGGUUUUCACAAGGAACACUAAUUAAAGCAAAACGAUAUAUCAAUUUAGCAUGCAAUUUUUAAAUAGGCAAAAUAUAUAGAAAGGAGUAAUGGUGCACGAGCUUGUGGACUUACAAUGUAAAGUGUUACUACAAAUCUUUUUUCUGAACUGAGGGACAGCAUUUUUCAUUAAUGAAUUUUGUGUGUCCUUAUUGAUAAAACAGCAUAUAAAUAAAGUAAAUGAAGCAAAAUGAUUUAUGUUACCGUAAAUAAUAGGAAUCGGAAUUAGCUGUAUACAGUAUGUGGCAUACAGUUUUGCAGUAAUGGCACAAGAGGGCGCAAUAUAGCUGUAUACUCGACCAUAGCUAAAGUAUUAUCAUAAGAAAGUGAACACUAAGGACUUACUUUUAAGCUCAUACAAAAAUACUAAAAACAAACUUGGGAAACUGAGAAAAGAAAUAUAAGCUUUUUCUUUAACCGAGACUAAAUAGCCACACUAUAGUACAUAUGAAUACUAAUGCAUUACAAUUAAAACAAAUGUCCAUGUUUCCUUGUUAAUGUGGCUAGUUGUUUAUUGAAUAGUUAAGGUUUUUUUCAACAUUGCUUUGAAUUGUAAGUAGACUGAUAAGUCCCGGCAGUGUGACUUGCAUGCCAAUGGCAACUCCAUUGGGGUCCUCUAUUUUAAACACGAUUUGUUUUCACUGACACACUGGACGUAUUUCAGAUCCAAAUCUGACUUGGCAAACAGACUUUAGCUUAGAGAAAGUCUUCUCGGAAAGAAAGACUGUGUGUUUCCAUUUAGCCAAGGUGUCGUGUUUAUCUCAGUGAAA